CAGCCACCUGAAAUUCAAUUGUGGCAAGUGAUGCACUGCGCUAGUUACGUUGCGACGCAAACACGUGCACUUCCCCAGUUACAAGUUUCUCUUUUUUCAGUCCCAUCAUCCACCCCUCUGGAGCUCCAGCUGCAUCAUUCCCUGAAAACACAGUGAUGGCGGACCCCACAGCAUCAGAUGCAGAGGUAACGGACGAAGAAGCAGCCUCCCCGACCCUCUCUCCCGCAGCGAGUCCGGGCUCAGAAGCAGCGUCCAUGGCGCUCUCUCCCACCGCGGACGGUUCGCAGCGGCUGCUCUUCUCCCACGAUCUGGUCUCAGGGCGGCACCGCGGCUCGGUUCGGCUGGGCCUAGUGCGGAUGAUUCACGGAGAAGAGGAGUUGAUUUCAGAUUCGGACAUCGACGACGACGGCGGAGGGAAAGGUGGCGGCGGGGGCGGACGUGUCCCGUGUAGCUCGGACACCGAGAGCGCCGCGGACGCCCGGAGUCGGCCUCUCGGACGGGGAUUCGUGCGAGUUGAGUGGUACCCCGACGGAGGAAAGCAAGACAUCCGGGAGACAAAGCUGAAACUUGAAGACCGCUCCAUCGUUAUUCGAGACUUUGUUCGGCGGAUGAAUUCUAAUGACAACCAGUCCGGUGUAGUGACCAACAUAGACAUAUCGUGUGCGGUGAAACUGGUCGGGACUAACUGCGUUUUGUAUCCGGUGAACAGUAAGGACCUCCAGCACAUCUGGUCCUUUAUGUAUGGGGACUACAUCGCCUAUGACUUUUGGCUGGGGAAGGUUUACGACCUGACCAACCUCAUCAUCCUCAAACUGUCCAAUGGAGCCAGGUGCUCCAUGAGUGUGGACGACGGUGCCAAGCUUUACGAUGUCUGUCCGCAUGUCAGUGACUCUGGAGUUUUUUACGACGAGGCCUAUGGCUUCUACCCCGGCCAAGUUCUGAUUGGCCCAGCUAAGGUAUUCUCCAACGUCCAGUGGUUGUCCGGGAUCAAGCCUGUGAUCUGCAAGAAGUGCAAGUUCAGGGUGGUAGUCGAGGAGGUGAAGGUGGUGGAGCUGAAGGUGACCUGGAUCACCAAGAGCUACUCCCCCAAGGGCUCGGACAGCGUCUUCCCGCCCGCCUCCACCAUUACGCAGGAAAACCUCAACAGGGUGCGGCGUCUGGGCUACUUUGACCACACCCAGAGACAGCUGGGACAGCGUGCGCUCUAUGUGUUCCCGGCUAAAGGCGAUGCCACGCGCAUCACCUGCGAAGGGCCCGAGGGGGCCACUCUGGCCACGGAGGACCCCGUCGCCAGAAGGCUAAAACGAAUGUACAAAAAGGAUGCAGGAAAGAAGACGACGGAAAAAGCCGACGCGCAAGAUACCGUGCAGAAAUCAGACGAGCCAGACCCGGUGAAGCCCAACAACAAUGGACCAGCAGACGCCCAGCCAGACACCCAGACGCUCACAGGCAGCUGGGAAGAACCUGCUGAGCAGGAUGCAGACGAUGAGGCGGCCGAAGACACGGACGACAGCAGCUCACUGACCUCCUCCGCCAGCUCCACGGCAUCCUCCCAGAGCGGUGGUCUGGCGGCCAGCCGUAAGAAGAGCAUCCCACUCUCUAUCCGCAACCUCAAGAGGAAACACAAGAAGAAGAAGACCAAGUUCUCCCGGGAAUUCAAGCCCGGUGACAGGGUUGCAGUGGAGGUGAUCUCCACCAAGACCAGGGCGGACGUGAUGUGGAAGGAUGGAAGUGUGGAGCUGGGGAUCCGAGCCAACAACAUCAUUCCCAUUCAGCACCUCGACAGUCAUGAGUUCUGCACCGGGGACUUUGUAGUCGACACGAGACCUCAAGCACUGCAAGACCCAGGGGUGUAUGGUGUCAUCCAGUCCGGGGACCACAAGGGAAGGACAUGCGCAAUCAAAUGGAUCAAACUCAACUCUUCUAGCUCCGAUGUUGAGGUGAUUGGGGAGGAGGAGGACGUCAGUGUGUAUGACAUUGCCGAACACCCAGACUUCCACUUCCGCACCACAGACAUCGUCAUCAGGAUAUGGAACUCUGAGAACGGUCCGACCACGGACUGUGAGAACGAGACGUCGGUAGGCCAGGUCUCCAGGGUGGAUGUGAGCAGCAAGGUGGAGGUGGUUUGGGCCGACAACUCAAGGACCAUUGUCCUACCACAGCACCUGUACAACGUGGAGUCUGAGAUCGAUGAGACGGACUACGACUCCGUGGAGGAGACAAGCAGCGGGCUGUCCACGGGGGAGUGGGAGGACGAGACGGACAGCUGGGAGACGGACAACGGCCUAGCCUGCGAGGACGACUCCCACGCCAACGCCCCCGCCGAGGGCGUGGCCUCGCCCACCUCCACGCCCAUGGGGUCCAUCGUCACCCCCGAGGUCGCGGAAGGGGAGGGGUUGUUGGGUAAAGCCCUGGGCGCCACCAGUCCCAGCGGAGCCCCGCCCCCUGGCCUGGAGGAGGAAGGAGCUGCUGCUGCUGCAGGAGGCACCACUCUGGGACGAGCCGCCGCCGACGGCGCGUCCGACAAGCCCAGCAAGGAGGGCCCCCCGCGGGGCUUCAGGGAGCUGCGCGAGGCCCUGAAGAUCCUGCAGAGCCUGAAGAACAUGACCGUUGAGCAGCUGUGGACGGGGGGCUCGCCCACCUCCCCCACCUCGGUGGAGUCUGCCGCCGCCAGUCUGACCGCCGGAGGGGGCUCCACCCCCGCGGGCCCCGAGAAGCCCACCAAGGAGCAGCGCUUCCUGGAUGACAUCAAGAAGCUGCAGGAGACCCUGAAGAAGACCCUGGACAAUGUGGCCAUCGUGGAGGAGGAGAAGAUGGAGGCGGUGGUCGAGGCAGGUGGAGGUGUAGGAGGGGCCGGUGCAGCGGAGGCAGAGCGAGGGGAAGACCGGGUUCUGUCUGACCCUCAGUCACCCGUGGGUGCUCCUGAUUGGCCCAGCGACACGCCCGUCCUCUGCCAGCAGAGUGGAGGGAAGCCCGGGGUCACCUUCACCAGCGCCAAAGGAGAGGUGUUCUCUGUCCUUGAGGAGGCCCCAGACACGCACACGUUUAAGAAGAUGGAGUUCCAGCCGGCAGAGGCCAAGAGGUUCUUCUGCACAGUGAGGAAGGAAAUGGUUCUGCUGGCCACCUCGCUUCCAGACGGCAUUAUGGUCAAGACCUUCGAGGAUCGCAUGGACCUGCUCUCAGCUCUGAUCAAGGGUCCGACGCGGACCCCGUACGAGGACGGCCUCUUCCUCUUCGACAUCCAGCUGCCCAAUAUCUACCCGGCCGUUCCGCCGCUAUUCAGCUACCUGUCCCAGGUCUCCGGGCGCCUCAACCCAAACCUCUACGACAACGGCAAGGUCUGUGUCAGCCUGCUGGGCACCUGGAUCGGAAAGGGUAAUGAGCGAUGGACCAGCAAGUCCAGCCUGCUGCAGGUCCUUAUUUCUAUACAAGGACUCAUCCUGGUCAACGAGCCGUACUACAACGAGGCGGGCUUCGACAGCGACCGGGGGCUCCAGGAGGGCUACGAGAACAGCCGCUGCUACAACGAGAUGUGUCUGAUCAAGAUGGUGCAGUCCAUGACCAUGCUGCUGCAGCACCCCGUGGAGGUGUUCAGCCAGGAGAUCCAGGAGCACUUUGCCUCCAGCGGCUGGAGGCUGGUGCACCGCCUGGAGGCCUGGCUGGAGCUCCACGACGGCGUGGAGCGAGCGCCCCCCUCCAGGGCCUCGACGCGGGCCGCUCCGCACUCCAGAGACAGGCCUGCCGAUGCUGCCCAGCCCCUGGACGAGCAGCUGGUAGCCCUGGCCCACAGCAGCCCCAGCCAGAGUGUGGUGGAGGAGGAGGAGGAGGAGGAAGAGGAGGAGGAGGGCUGCUGCUGCAUCGUUAAGAAGGAGCUGGAGGACUCUGGGCUGAGCCCCUCCACCACAGCCAUCUCCCAGCCGGAGCUGACCCUCAACUCUGACAGCGAAGGCAUGCUUCCUGUCCACCUCCCAACGGCAUCUGUGCCUCAGGCCGGUUCCGGCACUAUCGCCACGACGACAUUAACAACGACGACGUUAACAUCGGCGACCUCGGUCUCGUCGGCGGUGGUGGUGAGUGAAGCGGCGGCGUCGGGUUCUGCCCCAACGUCUGCAGCAGCGGUGGCUUCGACCGGUCCUCAGAGCCAGCCGGCCGUGCGUCCAAAGAAGCGCAGGAAGAGCUACCGCAGCUUCCUGCCAGAGCGCAGCGGCUACCCAGACAUCGGCUUCCCGCUGUUCCCGCUCUCCAAGGGGUUUGUGAAGAGCGUGCGGGUGGUGAUGCAGCAGUACCGGGCCGCCCUGGCCGCGGCCGGCAUCCCCCAGCACGCGGAGGACAAGUAAAGUGCCUGCCCACCACCCCCAGUAACUCCCAUUUUGCACCUCCCCACCCCCACUUCCUUGUCAAGCUCUUCAGUACGUGCCCUCGAAUACGGUUCGGGAGUAGGAGGGUCCACCUCAUCCGCAUCCGGUCAUCGAACCCAAUCCUCACCCCACAGCUCCCCCUGCCCUCUGCCUCGCUUAUCCUGAGGUCUGCUGUUAAACUCUGUUCCCGCUCAUCUCCCACUCCCAGUUCUCCGUGAGGAGCCCCGGUGGGCUGGGAGGCAGGCCUCAUUGGAGAGCCUUCAGGCACUUGCUCGGUCCUGGGAUGGUUAUGCUUGGAACGACCAUUGGCAAUCCGACCCUUUCUUAUGCACACGUACGCAUUUAGCUCCAAGCCACUUGGAAUCGCUUGUCAGAGUGGGGAACCCGCAUACUUUGCUGCCCAUCUGGUUGAGCACGUGGACUGGCCAUGGUACGUGCGCGUGCGGGUCAGUCAUUACAUCAACAACAUUCUGAUGACCACUGGGAUAUAUAUCGUAGAGGAUGUUAAAGAUGUGGAUUUGUAACAUACUGGCCUCACACUCCCCCCCCCCCCCCCCAUCCACCCCUAAGGCGACACGGCACUACUGGUUGAGAUGAAGCUGCAUCAUACUGCACUGAGACAGACUAUCGUGUUGGGCAGACGGUCUGGCCGCUCCACAGACUUGACCAGGAGCAAUCCUUUUCAGAGGUCACCUUAUUGUACACAUUCUGCCAAGCUAUAAUGGUCUCUUCAACAAAUAACUGAAUGUUCUUAAACUGCCCACCACCACCUCCACAAUAGCUACUUCACAAUAUUUAUGUUCCCACCUCCUCCCUGUGGCUUCAUGAUUCAUUUUGUUUUUGGCUUUGAUCCAUUUUGUUUCACCGCACUGACCACUCUCACAACACAUCCAGACAUAAGGGAACGUGAAGGGACUCAUGUUUACAUGCUCAUCAUCUUUAAGUCAGAACCACUACCAUUAUUUUGGCUGCUCUAAAAGAGCAUCAGCCUCACCACCACUACGCUCUACGUUGUCUAGCUAGUGUCCUCAAUACCGCUACACAACAUCUUGUCUAGCUAGUGUCCCCAACAAUCACUACGCACUACGUUGUCUAGCUAGUGUCCUCAACGACCACUACACAACACGUUGUCCAGCUAGAGUCCAAAACAAUGUUGUCUAGCUACCAUCAUUAGCCACCACUGCACUCCACAUUGUCUAGCUAGCAUCCUCAUUCUUCAACAACCACUACAUGUUGUCUAGCUACCGUCCUCACAAACCCCUAUGCACCACCUUGUGUAGCAAGUGUCCAUCCUUUCUCUGUGUGACAUAUCAGUGUUUCACAGGAUAGAAAGAAGAUGGAAAGUCGCUCUCCAUAGCGCUUUGUAAUUGGCUUGAAUUGUGUUCAAAUAAGAAAGGGGGGAGGGUUGCUGUAGAGGUACGGUUCAGUUCUCCUAAGCUUUUCCAUAAUCCAUUACUUCUCAUUUCACUGCAAAUGACACGAUUUUGUAACUGGAGGGGAGGUAGAAGGAAAAAAAAUGCUUCCAUUCCAUCAUUCAUCUCAAAAUGUUGCCUUACUUGAAUAGUUGAUGUAAAACCAUUGUGUACAGGGCGUUUUGCACCAUUGAGUCAUUAAACCUCACUCAGUGAGGUUUCAGUGUUCGUUUGGAUUCUUUUGUUUUGCGUUUGAGGAAUUGGCUCGUCAUUCAUUGGCAUUCCCCCACAUUGAUAACUGAUAGUGACAGAAAUGUUCAACUGAUUCCCUGCUCUCUAUUAAAACAAAAAAAGCCUACCAACUGCCGUACAAUAGUGAGGUUUGAGAGAUCUGCUGUAUGCUGAGGAUCUAUUCCAUUAAGAUGCUUAAGGUUUUAAUAUCAAAGUAAUGUUUGGGUUGAUGGUUAUUGUGCUUUCGCUGUGAUUUUUGUGUUAUUUUACUUUUGCCACAAUUCAAGCACAAAUGGUUUAUGACUGCCUUAACCCAAGAUGGAGCUCUACAGACUUUCUCAGCUAGGAGCUAACGGCACCCAAGACCUCCUCCAGUAUUAUUUCUUUAUUCUUUGUUCAACUAUUCUUUAAAAGAAUAUACCGGAUGAGUGGAGCUAUGGGUGAUCUGCGCGUGUGUGUGUGUGUAUAGGGGAGAAGGGGAGGUGUUGGAAGGUGUUUUUCAGGUUCAGGUGGGCUGUUAACUACUGUGAAGAAAAAGUGCUGCGAGCCAAUCUUAAACUUCCCUACAGGUCUGAAAGCUCUUGCUGGGGAAAUCUGAAGUCUUGUUUACAUCUUUAAAGGAACAGAGAACCUGGCUCCUCCUGUUGUCUUGCCAGAUAUUAUUAAUUAUUGUUUUUGUACAGGUCAGUGAAACACAUUGUGCUUGCUUUAUCUGAAAAAUGUAGUGAGGUGGCUGUAUUUUACUUGAAUUACCUUUAUUGCUGAAGUGUUCCAGAAUGACAGAGAAUUUUGUGCCAAUGUUGAUGGAUGACAAAAUGUGUGCGCGUGUGUGUCGGGGGGGGGGGGGGAGGGGUUGGCUGGUGAAGCGUGAGAACCAAAAGCUUUGAUCUAAUAUUUGGAACAUGAGGUAUUAAACGUGUUUUGCAUUGCUUUGUUUUUGCCACUUUUUGCUUUUUAUUUACUUCACCGACCAUUCCUCUAAAUAAUGAACUCUAGUUGUAGCAACCAGGUUUUCAACACACACUCUCCCCCCUCCUGGGUACUUACUUCCUGUUCGGCCUUUUGUGUGACAUUGGAUAUUUCUGCUGCCUCCAAUUGGCUCUUGGACCUGUAGCAUGUAGCCGAAUCAGCUUCCGUCUUAACGAUCUGCGCAACCUUUUGUUUUGUAGUCUUGUUAAAAUCUGUAACCUGAAGCUUUUGCAACUAUAUCACACACAGACACCCUCAAUGUAAGUUGGAGAUGUGAAGCGGUUAGUUUGCUGCCCUAUUCGACACUGUCUCAUACUAAGUCUCAUACAUACCAGUUGCAAAAAUGGAAAAUGUGAAGCUAUUCUGCAACAACUCUGUUCAAAAAUCCAAUGGGAUGCGUAGGACACAAUGCUAUGUUAAGUUUUCUAUGUUUGUGUUCAUCAGCCAGGUUCAAUCAUGGUUAGGAUUCUUAUUAGUGCGAUAUAUUUAUUUUACAGCCAAAGCAUGUAACAUGUCGCUUUAAGCCCUCUAAAUGGGCGACCCACUAAACUUGACUGUAUGAUGUCUACAUUUCCACAGUGGCCUGUUGAUAUAUUUAAAAAUAAUAAAGUUAUGAUUUUUAACCUGAUUCUCUGUACAGAAGUCGUGACUUUAAAUAUAUAAAUACCUAUUUAACAUCGAUCUGAGUACUAAAUAGUCACAUAGACUGUUGGGGCCUACAUGUAUACAAUACUCAGUGUGGGAACUUUAACCUAACUUUAUUUUGGAUUAUUCUUUUCUUGGGAGUUUUUUUCUUACAUUUUACUUUGGUUGCGUUAA